UGUGCUACAUUAUUUCCUGUGUGUGUAUGACUUAUUCAGAGGGAGAACAGCACACUAUACUGGAUUGCAGGAAUUACUUUUAGGAUGUUUUUAUAUGAAUAAGGUGGAUUGGACGUUGGCAUGGGAAGGCAUUCCCCUGAAGAUCUUCUUCUUGUGUCAGCUGGCAGUACCCUGACUGCUGUGAGGGGAAACUAAUGAGAUUACCUCGAUGAAGAACAUCUUCCUCAUGAGCAGGAAGAAGAGCCACAGCCCCACCACAUUAAAGAGGAAGAAAAGGUCAAGCGGCGCACCCAGUGAUCUUACACAUCAAAAAAUGGAGAGGAUGACCCACUGAGCCCUCCCUUUAAGGAACAAGAGAACCUGCUGACUCCUAGCAUUGCAGAAGAAAUGGAGGACCCACUGAACCCCUACUUUAAAGAGGAACAGGAGGACCAAGAGGAAGAACACCGCAUCAUUUAGCCUAAAUGGUUGGAGGAGUUCCCAGUGACUGGUGUCCCUGUGAAGAGUGAAGAUGAUGAGGUCAAAGGUGAAGACGUCUGUGAAGAACAUAUUUUCUCUGAGCAACAGAAGUGGAGCUUCCGGAUGGACAAGGAGGAGCCACAGCCUUUCCACAUCAAAGAGGAAGAAGAGGCGCCACAUACAUUGCAAAUGCGAAGCGAAGGAAAUAACCCACUGACCUCUUAUUUUAAAGAGGAAGAGGAGGAACACAGCAUCAGUCAGGAGGGAGAGCAACUUGAAAGACUGGAGGAGGUUGAAGUCACCAAGAUGCCAGUGACUGUUGUCCCUGUGAAGAGUGAAGAUGAAGAGAUCAAAGGUGAAAGUGAGGAGAGGGGAGGGGGGGAGCCUCCAAGCAGCAGCUCAACACAACACAUGACAACAGAAGCUGAUGGAGACCACUGUGGAGGAUCACAAGCAGACAAGCUCUUAGCUCCACUACCAGAUAGUGAGGACACAACGUCACACUCUCCUGACACUGAUGAUGAAGACUCUAAAGAUGAUAAGACAUGUCACACUUACAACACACGCUUCACAUGUUCUCGCUGUGACAAAACUUUCAAAGACCAUCGUAAUCUGAAAAGACAAAUGAGUACACACAGCGGAGAGAAACCCUUUUCCUGCUCAGAAUGUGGUAGAGAUUUUAGACUAAAACACAUGCUGAAAGUACACGUGAGAACACAGACUAGAGAAAACCCUUAUUUGUGUUCAAUCUGCAGUAAAGAUUUUACUCAAAAGCAACAUUUAAAAAUACACAUAAGAAUGAACACUGGAAAAAAAACUUUUUCAUGUUCAAUCUGCGGUAAAGAUUUUACUCAUAGGCACUAUUUAAAAAUACACAUGAGAAUACACAGUGGAAAAAAACAUUUUUCCUGCGCAGCAUGUGGUAAAAGUUUUGUAAUAAAUCAAAGUCUAAAAGUACAUAUGAAAACACACACUGGAGAAAAACCUUUUUCAUGUUCAAUCUGCGGUAAACAUUUUUCUCAAAGGGAGCAUUUCAAAGUGCACAUGAGAAUACACACUGGAGAAAAACCUUUUUCAUGUUCAAUCUGCGGUAAAGUUUUUACACGAAUGGACCAUUUCAAAACACACAUGACAAUACACAAUGGAGAAAAAAAAUGUUCAUGUUCAAUCCGUGGUAAAGAUUUUACUCGAAGGGACCAUUUCAAAACACACUGGAGAAAAUACUUUUUCCUGCUCAGAAUGUGGUAAAAGUUUUGUAUUAAAUCGAAGUUUAAAAGUACACUUAAGAACACACACUGGUGAAAAACCUUUUGUAAGUUCAGUAUGUGGUAAAAGUUAUAUAGAAAGACAGCAAUUAAAAUCACACAUGAUAAUGCACUUUGGUGAAAAACCAUACUUCUGUUCAAGCUGCAACAAAAGCUUUGGUCACCUAAACACUCUUACAGUACACAUGGGAACACACACAGGAGAAAAAGUGUUGAGUUGCAGUGUGUGUGGAGAAUGAUUCUCUUAUAAGUACCAGUGUUAGAAACACAAGUGUGCUGGUGAGAACAGCAGCAACAAAUGAAGAUGCAGGAUUUGAAAUAAACGGUCAAAACUUUGUUAAAUUUGACUUUCUGACAACAUCAGAAAAUACAGUGGGGCAAAAAGUAUUUAGUCAGCCACCGAUUGUGCAAGUUCUCCCACUUAAAAUGAUGACAGAGGUCUGUAAGUUUCAUCAUAGGUACACUUCAACUGUGAGAGACAGAAUGUGAAAAAAAAAUCCAGGAAUUCACAUUGUAGGAUUUUUGAAGAAUUUAUUGGUAAAUUAUGUUUUGGCUCAAAAUCUCACUAUACAUGGCCCCAUUCAUUCUUUACUUAACACGGAUCAAUCGUCCCGUCCCCUUAGCAGAAAAACAGCCCCUAAGCAUGAUGUUUCCACCCCCAUGCUUCCCAGUAGGUGUGGUGUUCUUGGGAUGCAACUCAGAAUUUUUCUUCCUCCAAACACGACGAGAUGAGUUUACACCAACAUGGAUACAUGGAUGAUAAAGCAGAGGAUUUGGGGAAUACCAUGUGGUCUGCUGAAACCAAAAUAGAACUUUUUGGUAUAAACUCAACUUGUCGUUAAAAUGAGCACAACAAUUUGACUGAAAGGUGAGAAUAAACAGUACAUAAAAUAUGUUGCAUACAAUAAACAUUUUAUGUGUACAUAUUCAUAAUUCACUUUUAUACUUAUUCGUACUAGUGUUUUAUAUAUGUUUUUUGAAUAAUGAAGUGUAACAUAUUUUAUUUUCUAAUGUACAUGAUUCCAUAGAUGAACUCCUUUAUAUGAUGUACAUAUUUGUUUUACAUGAGUUCAUACCUUUGCUUUUGAGUACACAUAAAUCCCUCUUAGUUCAUAUUUACUGGUUCACAUCUGAAACAUCUUCUGGACCACUUCAGGAAGCACAUUAUUAUUUACUUUAUAUAUCAUUUGAACAGUCGUAUUUAUAUAAUUUUAAAAUGUGUGACUUUAUGAAUAAUUUGUUGGAUCUCUAUAAUCCAUUCUAUUAAAUGUAUUUAUUACUCUCUUGUGUAAUAUAAAUAUUGUUGUGUGAUUGUUUUAUAUGUAUGUCCCCAGACGAGUGGUUCUGAACCUUGUUGGAGGUACCGAAGCCCACCAGUUUCAUAUGCGCAUUCACCGAACCCUUCUUUAGCGUAAAAUAAAAACAUUAUUUUAUUCACCUUGUUCAUAGAACAAAACCAACACAGUGCAUGAACUCACAACGAAUUACACACCUGCAAAUCAGUCUGACUUCUGGUGUUGCCGUAUCCAUUAUGCACUGAUAGGGAGAAGUUUUCAUUUACACGAUGAGUUGGGUGUGUCUUGACCUUCCCGGCGGAGGCUCCGCCGAACCCCUGAGGCCGACUGACCGAACGCCUAGGGUUCGAUCGAACCCAGGUUAAGAACCACUGCCCCAGACAUUUAUGCAAUAAACAAUGUAUGCUUCAACUAAA